CGUCGUCGAGUUCGUGAGUAGCUCUACCUCCGUUCUAGGGAGUUUUUAGCGCUGCCAGCUAAUUUCGAAAUGUACCUACAGGAUAUGUAGCACAGCCAAAACAAAACCGUGUCGCGAUAUGUCACCGUACUCACAGCUGACGAUUACUGAAGACGCAACUAAUCAUUUAUGGCUUGCGCAACUACUACACCCUGUGCUGAGGAUAUAGAUAUAAGUAUCUUCAGUCCACGGAAUAACCGUGUCUGUAUUAACCGUAAAAUGUCGUCACGGAGCAAGAAAUAUAAAGGGAAAAUCGUAGACCGCCGAAAACGACGUUCGGUUGGAAAAGAGGAGAAAUAUCGUCAAGAAGGCGACAGAUCGGAUCCGUCGGACUCUGAAGAUGCUGGAGCUGAAGAGGCUUUCAGAGUUUCAUUCCCGGUGGCGAUGUGGGAUCUCGAACAUUGCGACCCGAAGAAAUGUUCCGGCCGAAAACUCUCCAGGCACGGUCUCGUAGAAACUUUGAGAUUAGGAACCAGAUUUCCUGGUUUGGUUGUGACCCCAGUUGGUGAGAAGUGUGUAAGCCCGUUGGAUAAACAUAUUGUUGGUGAACACGGAUGUGCAGUCGUUGACUGCAGCUGGGCAAGAUUAGAUGAUACACCAUUUGCAAGAAUGCGAACUCCAUAUCCUCGGCUGCUGCCUUUUCUGGUCGCAGCUAAUCCCAUAAAUUAUGGAAAGCCAUGUCAACUAAGCUGUGUCGAAGCAAUUGCAGCGACAUUAAUUAUAACUGGAUUUCCCGAGGAAGCUGCUUACUAUCUUGGGAAAUUUUCCUGGGGUCAUUCUUUCAUGGAACUAAACUCGGAGCUAUUAGAAAAAUAUGCGCUUUGCGUGGACAGUGAAGAAGUUAUAAGGGUUCAAAAUAAAUUCCUGGCCGAUGCUAGGACAGAGAAAUCUCAAAGGAGUUCUGAACCAGAUCUCCCACAUUAUGAUAGUGAAUCCGAAGAGGAGACGGAAACUCCUAAAUCGGUUGCAGAGCCAAUUUUAGUUGCAGAAGGAAAAUAAUAGGUAUUAAAGGGUUGCCACGUGAUCUGAAAGCGGAAUAAACCGGAACACGUUAGUAAAUUCCAUUGUUCAAACUGAGAAUUUGCGAUUUUUUUUCAACAAAUGAAUACCAUGUUGCAUAUUAUUCCAAGUUAGGUCAGCCAAGUAAUUACACUUUUUAUUCAUUA